AUCUUAUAAUGAUAUCGAUGCGUCUUUAUAUAUAUAUAGCCGACAGUGAUAACGAUGAUUAUGUUGAAAAUAAUAUGAAAACUUGUUUGAUUUUUAAAAAGUUAUUUUUGUGUUGAAUAUUUAGAUACAACAAUGAAGAUGAUCUUACUGCUGUUGAUAUUGUCCAUCGGAGGGUCCCUUGCUUUGACAGACUAGUUUCGACGUUGGCAACAAUUACUACCCCUGUUCGAAUGCUUUCCUGGAACUGCAUGACGGUAACACGCUAUCAGCGCCGUACGCAAACGGUAUGAUGGGUUGAGUUUUAACCCAUUUAUGCCUAGUGGACUCUCCCAUCCUUCUAAAUUGGAUCAAUUUAUUUCCAAAAUUAGAAAGUGGCGUCUCAUCAGGAUCCAAACUGUUUGCUAUUCGUAUAGUAUUCUUUGAAAAAAAUCGAAGAAAAUGCUUAUUUUAGAAAUUAAGCAGACGGCAUUUUAGCAGACGACAAAUUUCCCAGCAUGCAAAGGUUUAACACACACACACAACGCAGACAUUUGUAAAAUACAAGCUUACAUGAAGUACUUGAAAGACAAUGUUAUUUUACUUGUUAUUUGGUUUCUACGGAAGGCAGUGUGGGUCCUCCAUAAGCCAAUCCGUGUACACUACGUCGAACAACGCUCUCACGCUCUGGUUCCACAGUGACAGCAGCUAUAGCGACUAUCCGGAAUUCGACAUGGUCAUCACGUCGUACCAUUAUGGUUAUUGCUUUGGAAACGAGCAUCAGUGUGACAACGGCCGCUGUGUGGAGUCCUACCUGACCUGUAACGGCUACAAUCCGUGUGGCGACUACUCCGACUGUCACCUGACCGUCGCUCCAAUCAUCGGCAUCGUUGCCGGCUGUACAGUGUUCGCAAUAAUCAUCACAGUUGUGGUGAUUGUGAUUGUGAGGAGACGACGUCGUUAUGUGAAUACGCCAGGAAUGAACAACCCGUACACCCCAGUUGUUUCGGGUGGAUACGGAUACCCCCAGCCCGCGCCAGGACAAUACCAGUACCCGCCCCCUUACCAGGCCAACGCCCCAUACCAACAUGGAAACGCCCCCUACCAACAGGGAAACGCCCCCUACCAACAGGGAAACGCCCCCUCCCAACAGAACUCCAAGUAGACCAUGGUAACGAUCAUGGGUACGCAAAGCUGACAAUUAUCCAAAAGUAGAUACGGUCACCUUUUAUUUCGAAUAAAGUAUUGCAAAAUGGUCAAUAAUAAUUGACAAACAAUGAAUACACUCGCACAUAAUUUAAAUGACAAUAAAACCUUAUGCAAUAAAUCAGACAAUUAUGUUAAGUUUUGGAAUCAAAUGCAUAUGUUUACAUUCAUUGCAUUAAGAAAUCGGUUUGAACAGCUUCUGCUUUUCGAAAGAUUCUAAUGGCAUUCUACAGAAUCAACACAAAAGGUAUAAAAAGGAAAUAUUUGCCGCACACCUCUAAUUUCUUUAGAACUGUUUUACGUUUUUUUAUGUUUUUUGUUCUAAAGAUGUACGAUAUUGCUGAAUAUAUUGUAUUAUUUUUAUCAGGAAUAGAUUGUGAACAGCACUGUUAACAAUGAUGGCUCAUCAAACUUACACAUGUAUCUUUCCUUUAGUAAAAAUAAACCCUACUGAUAAAGGCAAAGGAAGAUUUCGGAGACGAAAUUCAUAGUGUGUUUAAAUAAACAAUAAUAAGUGAUGUUCUAUUUAAAACAAAUUUUAUCGUUUCGCGCAUUCCUUUCAAAGAUAAGGUAAAAUUGUGGCUGUUAACACACUAGGUUUGUUUAUCAUUUGGGUUGAUAGUAAUUAAUGUUAUCACUAUGAUAAUCAAAGCGCUGAACGCAUUCAAUGUUCUCAGGAAUUACGUAGGUAGUGCGUAUGAAAUGUAAUGUGCUUUUGAAAACUAGAUGUAUAUUAAAUCAUAAAAUGGUUUCCAAUCCAUUCAUAGAUUCAUCGAAGAACUACUUUUGUCACUGUCAUUUUACCUGGCUGUGUUUUGAAACUAAAUUUCUUAAUACUUACA